GUUGUGACACCGAAUUACUUGAAUUAAUUACCCUGCCUCUGGAGUAAGUGAAGCACACAGCCAUGGUUGGCGAGACCACCGUCAAGCUUGCCGUCCUCAUCGACGCAGACAAUGCGCAGUCCAGCAUAGUCGGGCUCCUGCUCGCCGAGAUCUCCAAGUACGGCACCGCUUUUGUAAGGCGAGCUUAUGGUGACUGGACUGGCACCAGCCUGAAAGGUUGGAAAGACCAGCUCCUCAAGCAGUCGAUCCAGCCGAUCCAGCAGUUCGCAUACACCUACGGAAAGAACGCGACCGACGCGGCCAUGAUCAUCGACGCGAUGGACCUGCUCUACUCCAACCGGUUUGACGGCUUCUGCCUCGUCUCCAGCGACAGCGACUUCACCCGGCUGGCUGCGCGCAUCCGCGAGUCCGGGCUGAUCGUGUACGGCUUCGGCGAGCGCAAGACGCCGAAGCCUUUCGUCGCCGCCUGCGACAAGUUCGUAUACUUUGAGAACCUCGUCUCGGACGAGGAACUUGGGCCGCAAACCGACGACGUCGUCGUCACUGCCAUGCUUCAGGAGCAGACCCCGGCCACGCAGGUCACGAGCGACACUCGCGUGGUGAGGCGACUGCGCGUCGCCCUGAAAGCAGCCGAGGACGAGGACGGGUGGGCCACUCUCGCCAACGUCGGCCAGCUCGUCACUAAGCAGCAUCCGGACUUCGACCCUCGCACCUACGGGUACGCCAAGCUUAGCGAGCUGAUCACUGCCACGUGCAAGUUCGACAUCACUCGCCGCAACCCUGGAAAGGGCAAACCAGAUGUUAUCUACAUACGUGACAAGCUCUGGGUGCGUGCGACCCCUAUUAUUGGGCAACCUCCGUCUCCAGCAUCACCCUAACCCUCAGCCUCAAAGCAUCGUUAGCUUCCAUAAUCAUUUUACUGCAAAACAGCAACUCUUUUAA